CCCAAAUUGGGUUGUAUUGUUGUAACAUUUACAUUGUGACAAAAACCCGACAAUCCCUCACCCCAAUUCCGGAUCUUCACUCUACCACAUCCACACAAACACCACCGCCGACCAACCAUGACGAACACCAACACUGGUUCCAAAACCCACAUCCUCGUAUUCCCCUACCCAGCACAAGGCCACAUGCUAUCACUACUCGAUCUCACCCACCAACUAGCCACCAGAAACAUCUUCAUCACCAUCCUCAUCACCCCCCAAAACCUACCUACCCUCUCCGCCCUCCUUUCCGCCCACCCCACCACCAUCACCACCCUCAUCCUCCCUCUUCCGCCGCACCCCGCCAUCCCCCCCGGCAUCGAAAACGUCAAAGACUUACCCGGUUCCGCCUUCAAGUCCUUUAUGGUUGCUUUAGGCGGUCUCUAUGACCCUGUAUAUAAAUGGUGUAGCAAUCACUCUAACCCGCCAGUCGCAAUUAUAUCCGACUUUUUCUUGGGGUGGACCCACCGUCUCGCUUGCGACCUGGGGAUCCGCCGGUAUACGUUUUCGCCUUCUGGUGCGUUGGCACUCUCGGUUAUAUAUUCGCUCUGGAAGUACCAGCGGAAAAGGGUAAAUUUGGAAGAUGAAAAUGAAGUGAUUAAGUUUACGAAGAUUCCGAACUCGCCGGAAUAUCCGUGGUGGCAGGUGUCUCCGGUUUACCGGAGCUACGUAGAAGGUGACCCGGACUCGGAGUUUAUUAAAGAGGGGUUUUUGGGGAAUAUAGCAAGUUGGGGACUCGUUAUCAACUCGUUUACCGAGAUGGAACGGGUUUAUUUUGAUUAUUUAAAAGAGGAGUUAGGGCACGACCGCGUGUUUGCGGUCGGGCCCUUGCUUCCUCCUGGUGUUAAGACAUCAGAGAGAGGUGGGCCCAGCUCGAGUAACGUGCUAUCAUGGCUCGACACGUGUGGGGAUCGAAUGGUGGUGUAUGUUUGUUUUGGAAGUCAACUUGUUUUGACUAAUGAACAAACGGAGGCGGUGGCGGUUGGGUUGGAAAAGAGUGGGGUCAAGUUUGUGUGGUCGGUGAAGGAACCGACCGUUGGACACGUGGCCGCAGAUUACGGGAGGGUUCCGGAAGGGUUUGAAGAGCGUGUGGCGGGGAGGGGUCUUGUGGUUAGAGGUUGGGCUCCACAAGUGGCGAUACUGAGUCAUGACUCGGUGGGGGUAUUUUUGACUCAUUGUGGGUGGAACUCGAUCAUGGAAGCGGUGGCUGCGGAGGUUCUAAUGCUUACGUGGCCGAUGAGCGCAGACCAGUUCUCGAAUGCAACGCUGUUGCAGGAGUUGAAAGUGGGAAUCAAAGUAUGUGAGGGGGCGAGUACGGUUCCUGACUCCGCUGAGUUGGCCGAAUUGUUUAGGAAGUCAGUGAGUCAGGAAACUCGGUUGGAGAGAGAACGAGCAAAAGAGCUUAGGAAGGCGGCACAAGAAGCAGUAGGUGAAAAGGGGAGUUCGGUAUGUGAAUUGGAUAGAUUAGUUGAGAAUUUGAAGCAUUAAUGUAAUUCUAAAAUAAUUAGCAAAAAUUAAUAAUGUCGUUAUUUGUUUAGCUGUGUAAUAAUGAAUUACUAAAUAAAGUUGUUAUUUGUUUAGUUGUGUAA